AUGUCGAACCCCCAAGAUAACCCUGGAACUCCUCCACGACCUACUCCCUCUGAUUCAUCCACCCCUCCUCCACCUAGCACGACUCCCCAACCUAGGAGAAGGCGAGUAAAAAUGCUUGCUCGCAAAACGGUGGCAUCUGGUGCUUUGUCAAAGAAAUUGAACGAGAAAUUAAAGGCAAGUCAGGUCCAAGAUUCUAACUCUGAUUCUGAUUCGUACAAAUCUGCUAGUGAAGGGGAAGGACCUGUGUCUUCUGACUCGGAGAAGGCUCAAAAAUCCCCUUCUAAGGUAAGUUCUUCUUUGCCUGAAAAUUUAGAAAAUAGGUUCGUCUUGGUUGGGCCUAUCAGGGAUGUGGAAAUACCUAAGUUAGCAAGGAGUGGAAGUAAAAAGAAAAUUGAAAAAGAAAAAGAGAGAGAGGGUGAAUGUGGUGAUGUAAGGGGAAAAGGGAAAGGAAUGGAUGAUUCCUCACCCACUUCUGAAUUGCCUGUACCAGCUAUUUGUGGGGUUGCACAGGAAACUGUGGAAGAAAGUGGCAAGAAGUCAGGGGGAAGUGGCUCAGGGGAGGCUGCUGAGGGGUUAGUUAAUUUAAGUUCACAGGGAGAUGAACCUGGAGCAAGUUAUGAUCCAAAGAAGAGGAGAACUCCUACACCAAAAGCCCCCAGCACUGCUAAACCUUCCAAGAAACGAAAGUCCUCCUCCUCAACAACUACUGAAAUUCCUUUGCCAAGGGGAAGAGCCACAAGGAGUAGAGUGAAACAGGUUGAGAGUGACUUUCAAAAAGCUUUGGCUGAAAGCAAGAGAAAGAGGAUGGACAAAGGAAAGGGUAAGGUUGCAGAAUCCUCUGAAGCUGUUGAUGUUGAGGAGAUGGAACAGAGGACAAGGUCUGCAAUGAAAACCAAACAAGUUACAAUCUCUGAAGAUGAGGAAUGGAGUGGUGAAGAAGAGAAUGAGUCUGAGGGAAUGGUUCGUUUGGUUGACACCCUAGCUGCUCAAGGCUAG